AUGUCCUCUACUCCCCAGAUAUUGUCCAAAACCGAACUGCCUGCAUCGGAGGCAAAGUAUUGCUUUGUGUUUACUCCGAAUAUGCCGUCGCUUAUGAGAGCUGCUAGAUGGGUUACCUUGUACAAGCUCAAGUGGAGUGAUGCUGAAGGGAAAGAGCGCACCUGGGAGUGUGCCGAACGCAAGACUCGUAAAUCUUCUGGCGUUGAUGGUGAGAAACGCGAUCCCGAUCUCGGGACACUGACUGCACCGGUGGCCAUUCUCGCCUUGAUCAAGUCCAAAACCAACGCAUUCCCGCUUUCCACCGUGGUGAUUGAGCAGUACCGACCGCCGAUUGACAAGUACAUAAUUGAGCUUCCUGCUGGGCUGGUCGACGAAGGCGAAACACCAGAACAAGCAGCCAUCCGUGAACUCAAAGAGGAGACAGGGUACGAAGCCGACAGCGUGAUCGAAUCCACUCCAUUAACCGUCGUCGAUCCCGGAAUGACUACUGCGAAUAUGAAGAUGAUCGCUCUGAGUGUGAAUAUGGAAGGUGAGCUGGAAAAGCCCGAACCGCAUCUCGAAGCCGGGGAGUUUAUCGUGACGAGGGUUGUUGAGCUGGCGAAGCUGCACGAGGAAUUGCAAGCGUACGAUCAGAAAGGAUUCGUUAUUGACGCGCGACUCCAACACUUGGCCUCUGGAUUGGAACUCGCGAGACAAUUACAUACUGGGAGCCUAUGA